AUGGAUCCAAUAAAUUACAUUUUCGAAAAGCCGGCUCAGACGGGGAGGCUUGCCCGUUGGCACAUGUUGCUAUCGGAAUAUGACAUCCAGUACGUACCGCAGAAAGCUAUCAAAGGAAGUAUUUUAUCAGAUUAUCUGGCAGAUCAGCCCGUAGAAGAUUAUGAGCCUCUCAAGAUCGACUUUCCUGAUGAAGACAUCCUAUUGAUAAAGAGAGAUUAUGAAGAGCCAGGUCCUGAGGAAGGUCCGGAACCGGGUCUCUGGUGGAGGAUGAUGUUUGAUGGUUCUUCAAAUUACAGUAGGCAUGGUAUAGGCGCAGUUCUGAUGAAUCCGAAAGGUGGGUUCACCCCUUUUACAGCAAGGUUAGACUUUGAAUGUACAAACAAUGUCGCAGAGUAUGAAGCAUGCAUUCUUGGCCUUGAAGCAGCUAUCGACCUCCGAAUCAAACUUCUCAAGGUAAGUGGAGAUUCAGCCUUGGUUAUUUAUCAAGUAAAGGGUAAAUGGGAGACGAAGCACGAGAAUUUAAUCCCUUAUAGAGCCUACAUCAUCGAGUUGAUUAAGUAUUUUGACGAGAUCAAGUUCGAACAUGUUCCGAGAUCUGAGAAUCAUGUGGCUGAUGCUUUAGCCAUGUUAGCAUCCAUGUGGAAGGUCAAAUUGGUCAAUGAAGCACCUCUCAUUCGAAUUGAACGCAGGACCGAGCCCGCGUACUGUCAGGUGGUCGAAGAAAAUGAGGUGGAUGAAAAGCCCUGGUUUCAUGAUAUUAAGAAUUAUGUGCUCAAACAGGAGUAUCCCGAGGGUGCUUCCUGUCUUGACAAGAAGACAUUGAGAAGACUGGCAUCCCGUUUCUUCAUCAGCAAUGGUGUGUUAUACAAAAGAAGUUACGACAUGGUUUUGCUCAGAUGUGUUGACAAGCAUGAAGCAGACAUGUUACUUCAGGAGAUUCAUGAGGGAACCUUCGGGACUCAUGCCAAUGGUUAUGCGAUGUCUAAAAAGAUGUUAAGAGCUGGAUAUUACUGGUUAACGAUGGAGUCUGACUGUAUCCAAUACGCCCGGAAGUGUCCCAAGUGCCAAAUCUACGCUGACAAAAUGCAUGUUCCUCCUGCACCGUUGAACGUUCUAACUUCACCGUGGCCUUUCUCCAUGUGGGGCAUUGACAUGAUUGGGGCAAUUGAGCCAAAAGCUUCCAAUGGUCACCGGAAAGAAAUUAUUUGUCGUUAUGGAGUUCCAAGUCGGAUCAUAACUGACAAUGGUACCAAUUUGAACAAUAAGACUAUGAAGGAGUUGUGUGAUACCUUCAAGAUUGCACAUCAUAAUUCUUCUCCAUACCGUCCUAAGAUGAAUGAAGCUGUUGAAGCUGAGAACAAGAACAUCAAAAAGAUCCUACAAAAGAUGGUUAAGACUUACAAGGAUUGGCAUGAGAUGUUACCAUUCGCUUUGUAUGGAUACAGAACUACUGUUCGAACUUCAACAGGGGUAACACCUUUCUCACUAGUAUAUGGAAUGGAUGUCGUCCUCCCCAUUGAAGUUGAGCUACCUUCCUUAAGGGUAUUGAGGGAAGCCAAGCUAGAUGAAGCCGAGUGGGUUCAAGACAGGUUCGACCAGCUAAACCUCAUCGACGAGAAGCGUUUGACGGCUAUGUGCCAUGGUCAGCUAUACCAGAAACGGAUGAAGAGAGCCUUCGACAAGAAAGUCUGA